AUGAAUCCUUCCCACGAUAAAAAAAAUAAUCAAACCCUUCAAUUAAAUUGUUGGUUUUGUCUUGGAAACAAAGAAAUUGAAAAAAACUUAAUUGUUUAUGUUGGAAAAGAAGUAUAUAUUGCUUUAGCUAAGGGAAAUCUUACUCCCUACCAUGUUAUUAUAAUCCCAUUUGCCCAUCUGACAUCUUUAAUACAGUUACCAGAGAGUGUUUUAGAAGAAAUUAAUAAAAUUAAAGUAUAUUUAAUUAAAAUCUUCAAAACUCUUAACUUGAGAUGUGCAUUUUAUGAACGCAAUUUUAAAACCCCUCACUUUCAAAUACAUUGUUUACAAGUUCCCUCUAAAAAAUAUAUUGAAAUAAAAGAUAUCUUUCUAACAAAAGCCAAGGAAAAUAAUAUUAACUUGAAUCAGAUACCCCCUUAUACUCAUAUAUGCCAGAUAAUCUCUCCAAAAUCCAAAUAUUUUUAUGUAGAGUUUGAUGAUGGGGAAAAGCUCUUUGCCAAUAUUGAAGAUAAUGAUUUCCCUAUAAAUUUUGGAAGGGAAGUGUUUUGCCAUAGAGAUUUGUUGAAUCAGCCAGAAAAGGCCGAUUGGAAAUCGGUCAUUCUUCCCAAGGACGAGGAACGCGAAAUGGUUCGAGAUCUUCGGGAGAUGUUCGCCCAAGCCGAGAUAUAAAAAUAAAGAAUUCUUAUUGGUUGAAUCAAAAAAUAAUAAUUUUAAUAGAUUAAGAUUUGUAUAUAUAUAUACCUCGUGAAUGUAUAAAUAAACGCCUUAUUAUACUCAUAUUUUUUUAUUUUAUUUUGUUAUCCAUUAGAAUUUACAGUGUUAUAAUAUCAGUAUUACGCA